AUUCACGGACAUGUUAUCGUUGGUAUUGCUUUCAGAAUAAAAAAUUAUUACUGCUGUUCGUUUCAAUUAAAAGCACUGAUUUCGAAUGGUGCUAGAAAUUUAAAUUUUAGCGUAUAUUAAAUAAUAGCCCCCGAUAUCUAUGCACCAACCGAUCCCAGUUCUUUCAACUUGAAUUUUGUGCACAGUAUUGAAAUACACCUGAUAUCCUUGCUAAUUUUUAUUUUUUUAAAGUGCAACUUCUGUUAAUUCCCGGUAUUUGCCUUCCUGCGAGUGUGAUUGUACUAUGUCAACUGUUGGGAGAAGGUUUAAAGUCUGAGUUUAAAUGUGUAAAACCAGUUACAGAUGAGAUGCGGUCAACAAUGGCAUAUGUAAGAAAACGAAUCAAGUACGUUCAUCGCGUUUUAUGCAUAUUCAGUUACUCUAAGUCUUAACAAUUUGCAUCUUAACUAUUUAAUUUAUAAACACAUGCAAGUGGGUGCAUAUAUACAUGUGAAGUUAACCUCGUUAUAACAUAUUGUGUACGUACAUUUCCUUUAUAAUCUUUACUAUGUAUGUACAUAUAUACAAAUUUAUAUCCUUGAAUGCACAUGUACUAUGUGUUUAAUGUAACUAAUACCUAGCUGUUACUUACGACUGUUCCACUUCUUUUAUGUGAUUUUUUCACUUCACCGUCCGUCGGCAGACAAAGUACACAAAGAGUAGGUUUCGCUGAAGAAUAUACCUCUUAAAACUGGUUACACAAUUGUAAUUUGUCUAUUCGCCUAAGUUUUGCCGCUGUAGGUAAUUUAAAUCAAGCGUGAUCCUCAUGCAUUAGAAUACUUUCAUAUCACAUUUCACAUUUGUCUUUUUAUGGUAAAAGUGAUGAGCAUUGCGGCAGGAAAAAACAUCUUCAGGUGAGAUCGUCUGACUGUUACUCAGAAAAAAUACAAUAUGAGCAUUGCGAAAUAAAAAAAAAACAUCUUCAGGUCGGAUCGUAUGGCUUAAUCAGGGAAAAUACAAUAUGAAAUUAAUGUAAAAUAUUUAAUUAGUAACGGAACUUCGGGUAUUACAAUACAUACAAUCGUCUAAUAUAGUAAACAUUUUAAAAUAUGUCUUGCAGUUGUUGAAUUUCUAAAAGUACCCCUCGAAAUAAUUAAGCACGUCGCAAAUUGAUAAAUAGUAAUAUUAUAAUUUCAUUUUCGAAAGAUGAGCUUUACAAUAAUGCUAAUAUUAAGGUCAAGUUUUACAAUUAAAAAAGAUGAGUUCUUUAUAGGUCAAUUUCUCCUAAGAUUUCAUAAUCAAUCCCCACCACAUUUCCUAAAUAGUAUGUCUGUGAUGAGCUCUUUACACGGUUUGAUUGCUUGUAGGACGUUAGCCCAUCAAUGUAUAUAAAUAUUUUUUUUAUUCUGGUACUAACGGUAGGAUAAAUGUUUAAUGUUAAGGUCAACAUUUUUGUGGAAGAUAUGUUGUAAAAUGUAUACUGGAUAGAAAUAUGAGUUGCUGUGCCACUGUUAACACAAGCUUCAAGCUCUGCACCUGUAAGGGAUGGUAGGAGUAUUCUAAAAAGGUAUACUGCGGCAACAGUUGCCAUUUUUACCAGUCCUGCUGUGGUUCAAGUAUAAAUUGAUAAACAAGUUUACUGAGCAUUUCAGUUUAUUAAAUCGUCUGUACUUAUAUAAACGACGUACGGUGUUGAAUUCGUGGAAUUAAAUUUGGUAAUCUGGGCACCAACGGUUAGUUAAAGACUAAAUCAUAGUGAUUUUGGUGAAAAUAACUGCAAUGACAAAAAUAUCGUGUAUACAUACAUACGUAACGUCAUAGUGAGUGAAAAAAUAUUUAUAAAUUGUCAUGUAAAGUGUAUACAUAUUAACAAAAUGUAGGCAUAAAUAAGUGUGUUUAGUAGAAUAAAAAUUGUUAUUUCCCACAUAUGUAUACGUAUGUAUGUACGAAAAAAUAAAUAUGUAUAUAGGUUAAAAAUCACAAAGAUUUUGAUCAACAAUUCUGUUCAUAUACAAAAGCUGUUGGCCUUGUUAAUGUGUGAAUGUGUUACGUCGCUGAUAAAUGUCGUCUGGUGAGUGGAAUUUGUGUGCUCUUAAAGCACUUGAAGAAGAAGAACAGAAAGAAUUUCUUGCACUGAGUCAAAAAAGUCUCUUCGAAUCAGUAUGUUUGCCGACGGGAGAAGAUUUGUUGCAUCAGACUGGAGAUCUUAGCCACAAUAGUUGUCAACCGAAAGUAUCGUAUGCUCAACUGCAUCCACAUCUAUUAAAGUUGCCCACCAUUAACGAAUGUAAUCUCAUUGCAGCGGCUCGACGACGUCGAUUUCGGUUGCUGCAACAGAGUACAUCAGGUAGUAGCGAAGGAGAACGACAGUUACAAAUUACUCGUGUAUUGUCUCUCUCAGCUCAUUCCUUAACAGAACGCAGCAAUCGAAAUCAGAAAAAUGUUGCCUUAUCAGAAACUAACGACAAAAUGUCCCGAAUUAGUAGGUCAACUCAGUUCUAUAAUGUUCCACCAUUCUACACACCACCCUCCAUGAAACGAUGCGUGACUUCUCACUGCAAGUCCUUCAAGAACUCUCUGCAGGACUUGAAGAAGCAAAAACCGGAUCAAAAAAGGGAUGGGACAAAUAAAUCUUACUCUAAAUAUGGUUCCAACUCUACAGUUGCCUCAGUUACUGAAGAACGCAGAAAGUUGCAUACCCCUUUGGUUGAAAUUGAAUCUUACACUUCUGAUGAGAACGAUUCAGAGGAGAAUUCUAUUAACAUCGAUCAAUCAGAUCACUGCAUAAAAACAUAUGAAGAUUGUGACGACAGUGCCACUGAGACAGGUUCGUGCUCCGUGCCUUUGGCUUCGGAUUCAGUUGAAGCGAUUCGCCUUAUGCUAUCCGCCGCAACUGCAGCUAUCACAUAUACCUCCAAGUCUGAUAACACCCCAGUUUCUGUCUCAACGUUAACCACAGUUAAAUUAGACGGCCACAGAACAUCUCCACAAACUAACCACAGCAACAAUCUCCUUACAUUACCAUCACCGGUUCUCUUGAAAUCUUCGUCAGCACCCGAAUCCACAUAUAAUGGUGUACGAAACGAAACUAAAGAAAAACGAGAACGCAGCUUAAUAGAUGAUAGCUAUGUUAAUAUUGAUGCCAGCAAGUUCAACAAUAAGAAGAGUAGACACCCUUUGGUAACUGCCCGUUAUUUAAAUAGUUGUCAUAAGGCCAACUUGUUGGAUGUGAGCAUGGAAUUUAAUGGGUGUUUGCAAGAUAAUAAAGCGGAUACCACGGUACGGAAGUGUAACGUUAAAACAAGUCCGAUUGCUCAGAGUAUUGAAUUGAGCAAACCAACAAUUAAAAAUGGAAUAGAUAUUUUAUCCAACUUUUCUUGUAACAAAACGGUAUGGGUGAAAUCAAAACCGAUUGUUAUAAAUAAACCAAACAAUCAUAUCCAGAACUUACUUUUACAUGCCACCCAUGGAGAGAAUCUCCAUCGUUCAUUAAUACGGUGCAAAGACGUCGUUAAAGAAGAAUCUCUAAAAAUUGAUAGUAAUUGCAAAAACUCUCUAUCUAUGGGAGUUUUACCGAUAGCCGAAAGACCCAAUUGGACAUCUUUUGCACAGUUGCACCACCAAUUUAUCGAUGAUGAACUUGAAGAACAUAUCAAACAAUGCUCAUGUUCAUGCAAUCAUAUGGGGUAUGGAAAUUCUAUGGAUUAUCAGACCAUUGGCUUUGGUGGCCUCCCUGAUGUCACCGAGCACUCCAAUACCCGUCGCACACAUUCCCGCCAAAACUCCUUUUCGAACAGUGAUUCAGGUGGCGAAAUUGCCAAUGCGAAUAAGUCAAAGGUGAACUUGUGUGAUGGCAAAUCGCCACAAACAGGCCAAACUACCCCCGUCGAGCGUAAAUCAAAAAUAACCCACCAUGCAGCUGCUGCUAGAUGCAGCAGGGCACAUCGUCUCAAACCGCGACGCGGAUCCUGUGCCAUAUUCUUGACUUUUGUUGGCACGAUAUGCUUGCUUACUAUCGGCGCAUUGCUUGCAUACCAACACUUUAUGGCGCCCAGCCGCAAUUCACAUGCACAAAGACUGAAAAUAGUGCGACGGAUACUAAAAGAAGUGCCGCUGGUGGAUGGCCACAAUAAUUUUGCAUGGAAUGUCCGGAAAUACGCGCACAACAGCUUGGAGUUGAUAAGCAUGAGACGCGGUCCUAAUGCUGAAGCAUGGACACGACCGACGUGGGCUCAGACGGAUGUUGAAAGGCUUAAGCAAGGACUGGUCGGUGUACAAAUGUGGUCAGCAUAUGUUCCAUGUGAGGCAUUGGGACUGGAUGCCGUCCAAGUAGCAAUAGAACAAAUUGACAUUAUCCGUCGCCUGACUGAUAUGUAUACCUUGGAUACAAUGUUAGCAAAAUCUUCCAAGGAUAUUUUUAUAGCACGACAGCAUCAUCAGAUGGCUUCGUUAAUUGGCAUCAAAGGUGGUCAUGCCAUCGGCUCCUCUCUUGCCGUAUUAAGAUCAUUCUAUUCAGUUGGCGCACGUGCCCUUAGCCUUACGCAUAAGUGUGAUCUCUCAUGGGCAGGAUCAAGUGCCUCAGAAACAGAAAAUGGUUUAUCCGCGUUUGGCAAGGUAGUCAUUCGAGAAAUGAAUCGCUUGGGAAUGAUGGUGGAUUUAUCUUAUAGCUCUGCUGCGACAGCCCGCGACGUCUUGCAAAUCACCCGGGCCCCCGUUAUAUUCUCUCACUCCGCUGCACGACAAAUAUGCAACUCCACACACAAUAUACCCGACGAUAUUCUUCGACUAGUGGCAGAUAACGGUGGCCUAAUUAUGGUUAGCUUCGACCCAGAGGACGUGGCUUGCGGCCAACCGGCAUAUCUUGCAGAUGUUGUAAAACAUAUUAAACACAUUCGUGCAAUAGCUGGUGUCCAACAUAUUGGGUUAGGCGCAGGAUAUGAUGGCAUAGAAGAACCACCUAUAGGCCUUGAGGACGUAUCCAAAUACCCAGAUUUGCUGGCGACUCUGCUUCAAGAUCACAAUUGGAGUGAGCAAGACAUUGCAAUGUUAGCAGGAAAAAACUUUCUUCGCAUUUUGGAAACUGUGGAAAAUGUACGAGACUAUUGGAAACGUGCUGACAUUCAACCGCUCGAACAGACUGAACCACAACCGAAACCACAGUGCUCAUACAUGUCUUCGUGACCAUAGCUGCAGACAGUAAGCAACCCUUGUGCUGCUGUGCACAAAUUUUACCUUUAUGGAUGCAAUCGUAUUGUGCAUAUAAUAGAAAGUAUGCGGUCCCAGGUAAAUACUGGUGACUUCAGCAAAAUACAAUUGAUAUAUUAGGUUAUUUAUACAAUUAAACUACCCGUAUUUGUAUAUACAUAUGUAUGUUAAUUAAUGGAACAUUAGCUGCGCAUAUACAUAUGCAUGCUUGUACAGCAAUAAAAAAUUAUUUGAAACUGUGUAGACGGGAGGAUUGUAUUUAAGGAAAUAUUUGUUGUGAAAAUGGAGUCUGCCAAGGAAAUUUAACUUAACAUAAUAGACAACAAAAUAGAAAAUAAAUAAGAAUAAUUAUAUCGGAUUGAAGAGUGAAUUAAUAAGUUUAGACCGAAGCACAAAUUACACGCAUAUCUAUUCAAAUAAUUUCUUUGGUGUACAUUUAGUUGUUGUGUUGUUUUGUUUUUCUGAUUUUAGGAAAGAAUGUCAGAUUUUUCGAGAGACUAAAAAUAAUUUUGGAAUAUAUGAGACUACGAAAAUUAACAAUUUCAAACUUAAAUACACUAAAAUGCGCAUUUAUACUCUACCUAACUAAAAUAUAUAUAUGUAGUAAAAUAUAUAAUUUAAAUUUUCUACAUAAGCACAGGUAAAUGAAUGUGCCAAUAUUUGCAUAUGUAGUUUAUUAGAGACUAUUGAGAAUGCCAGUUUUAACAUUAUUUUCAUUGUUACUAAGACAAUCCUUGCCACAAGUAGAUAACAUAAAAAUCUGAAAAAUAAAUGCAUCUAUAUACACAUAUAAUUCUAAAAAUCAUUUCCAAAUGCAACAGUCUUAAUAUAAAAGUUAUGUGGUGUCCUUACAAAAAAUAACAAAUGAGUUUAACUAUUGAAUUAUUUUGGAGUGGUUUGAAUGAUUCAUUCUCAUCUGCUUCCAUUACUUAUUAUUUGUAAUACAAUGAAUAUUGUAUGUGUAGAGAAAAAAGCCAAUAGUGAAACAAAUUGUAUUCCGUUACAAAUAUUAAAAUUAGACACAUGUACAGUGAUGUAUUUAAAAAAAAUAUGUUACAAAAUAUCGAUAUAACCAAUCACUUAAUUACAUCGAAACGAUUUUAAAUAUAUACACAUGAGUAACAAAUAUAUGAUAUACAAGUUGCUAACAGAGACAUCAAACAAUUGUUUUGAAUCAAAAAUUAAAGCAACGAAAAAUACUGCUAUGUAUAUAUGUAUGUAUCUUUGAUAAACUCAUACCAUAUUCGUGAAAGCAAGGGAUCCAUCAAAAAUGGUUUUUAUUUAAAAGAAAUGUUUAUUCAUCCGUUUGUCAACUCAUUUUCACUCCAACACGUUUACAUUUAAAUGAAAGAAAAAUGCAAUAAAAUGUAAGUGAACAUAAAAUAAAUAUAAA